UCGGAAACAAGAAAAGUCAAUCGAAGACACUCCUAAAUAAUAAACAGGUUUGUUAUCAUCAAAAAAGUAAACAUUUUCAUGAUUACAAUUGAACCACUAUAGGGGCCUAUCGGUGUAAUUUAGAUUAGUUUCAUUAGAUUCGUAUCGCUUUUAUUGUUUUAUUGUUUCCGUUAAUCUUAAAGUGGUCUUACCGUAGCUAAAAUAACAAAGAUGACUCAUCUUUUCGUGUGUUAGUGGAUUUUCCACCCAUAUCCAGUUGUAGACUUAAUUAUAGCGUAAUAAGAUUAGUCAUAGCACACAGCUUCUUAGUAACUGAUGGCGAAGCAAAAAUGGUCCUCCAAUGGUUCAACAUCGCAACACAUAACCAACGAAAUGUUGGCACCAUUCACAUCCGGCGUUAUGCCUACAUCUCAGGUGGAAAUGACGCUAAGUUGUCGUAAUCUGAUGAAUGCAGACCUCCUGUCUAAAUCGGAUCCAUAUUGCAUUGUAUGGAUGAAGGACUCGCAGUACCAGGAUCAAUACUUCGAGGUCGGCCGUACCGAACGCAUCGACGACAAUUUGAAUCCGGAAUGGGUGAAGAAAUUCAUUCUCAAUUUCAACUUUGAGACAGUGCAAAAGAUGAAAUUCGAAGUGUGGGAUGUGGAUCCGGACGGGCAAGAUUUCCUUGGCGAAUUCGAAACCACACUCGCCGACAUUGUUUCGUUUUCGGGACGACAGUUCGUUGGCAAUUUGACGGGAAUACCUGGACGAAGACUGGGCGAAAUUGUCAUUGUCACCGAAGAGGUGGCGAGUUGCAAGCAGAUUGUUCGAAUGAAAUUUGGUGCCAGAAACUUAACGAAAUUGUCGUGGUUUUUCAGCAACAAUCCGUUUUUGGUGAUGUCACGUUCGAACGAAGAUGGAUCCGCUUCAGUGGUUUACAAAACGGAAAUGUGUCGUCGAACACAGAAUCCGAUGUGGCAACCAUUCACGAUGAGAGUAACGACGUUGUGUAACGGAGACUACGACCGAAACAUUCGAAUUGAUUGCUAUGACAAUAGAUGGAAUGGAAAUCAUAAACUAAUCGGUUCAACGCAUACAUCACUCCGUCAGUUGUAUGACAAAAAGGCACUAAAGCAACUCGGUCUAAUAAACGAAGCCAAACAAAAUCGACGAAGUAAUUACACCAAUUCCGGCACGUUGGAGAUCGACGGUGUAGACAUAACGGAAGAGAUUUCCUUCUUGGAUUACAUUCGACAUGGAACGCAAAUGCAUUUUGUCGUAGCUAUUGACUUUACCGCUUCCAAUGGUGCACCAAGUGAUCCCACAUCACUUCAUUUCAUCAAUCCACAUCGGCCGAAUAGUUACGAAAUUGCAUUGAGAAGCGUUGGUGACAUUAUUCAACACUAUGACAGUUCGCAGCUAUAUCCAGCUUUCGGAUUCGGAGCCAAAUUACCACCAACUGGAAAUGUUUCUCAUCAAUUCCCACUGAACAACAACCCAUCGCAUCCGUACUGCAAAAACGUUGAGGAAAUUCGUACCCACUACUUGAAUCGCCUGUACGAAGUGCAACUCUACGGACCAACGAAUUUCGCUCCGGUCAUUAACAACACCAUUUCCAUCGCCAGUCAAUACAAGGACGGUAAACACUACUUCGUUCUGCUGAUCAUCACCGACGGCAUCAUCUCCGACAUGCAUCAAACGAAACACGCAAUCGUCAGCGCAUCCUCACUGCCAAUUUCAAUAAUCAUCGUCGGUGUAGGUGAUGCCAAUUUCGAUGCAAUGGACGAAUUGGAUUCGGAUGAUGUUCGACUGAUGGUGGACGGUCGGUAUGCUGAACGCGAUAUCGUGCAGUUUGUUCCGCUGAACCAAUUUAUAUCGAAGAAUGGUCCGUUCAUCAAGUCGCAAGUGGAUUUGGCAAAGGCAGUUCUGGAGGAAAUUCCCGAUCAGUUAACCGGUUACAUGAGAUCUUGCGGUUUCAAACCGGAUAUAAAGACACAAAUACCGGGCGAUGCUGCAGUCAUGGCACCAACAGCGCCGAUGUAAAGGGAAGAUGUAGUCACAAAUGAUAUAUGUCCAGUGCCAAGGUAGGUAAAUCAAAAA